GUGGCUAGCUUCCUGCUGAUUGGUCGCCACUUUGCACUGAAGCCAUCAAGGAGAUGCACGGAGAGAUUGUGUCGAUUUCUGAUAACAUGGCAGUGUCAAUAAGAGAAAAACAGAUUGCUGCUCUGAAGCGAAUGCUGAAUCUAAAUGCAAUACCAACCAAAGCUACCCUUGCAGAGCCAGCAUGGAAGGUUCUGGUCUAUGAUCGCUUUGGUCAAGAUGUCAUUUCUCCUCUUCUAUCCGUGAAGGAGCUAAGAGAUAUGGGAGUUACACUUCACUUAUUAUUGCAUUCUGAUCGAGAUCCUAUACCAGAUGUGCCGGCUGUAUACUUUGUCCUACCAACAGAAGAAAAUGUGCAACGAAUAUGUCAGGACUUUCAGAAUCAGACAUAUGUAUCAUACUACUUGAACUUCAUCUCAGCAAUAUCUCGCCAGAGACUAGAAGACCUUGCCAGUGCUGCUCUUCAGUCUAAUGCUGUCAGUCUCAUAUCUAAGGUUUUCGACCAAUAUCUGAAUUUCAUCACCUUAGAGGAUCACUUUUUCACAGUCAGGCAUCAAAACAGAGACUCAAUAUCCUACCAUGCCAUCAAUCGGAGUGAUGUGAAAGACACAGAAAUGGAUUCCAUCAUGGAUACUAUUGUUGAUAGCCUCUUUUCAUUCUUUGUGACUAUGGGAACUGUGCCUAUCAUCAGGUCUGCCAAGGGUAAUGCAGCAGAGAUGGUGGCAGAGAAACUAGAUAAGAAGCUUAGAGAGAAUCUUCGUGAUGCAAGGAAUAGCCUUUUCACAGCAGAUAGUGUUCAGUCUGGUCAGAUCAGUUUUCAGCGUCCUCUCCUUGUGAUCUUAGAUAGAAACAUGGACAUGGCUACUCCUCUUCACCAUACAUGGACAUAUCAAGCAUUGUCACAUGAUGUACUGGAUUUGCAGCUGAAUAGAGUGACAUUAGAAGAGACUGUUCCUAUCAGUAGUCCUGGUGCAGGGCCUGGAAGAACAAGGAAAAAAGUCAAGUCUUAUGAUCUUUCUUGCACAGACAGGUUCUGGAUAGGACAGAAGGGAAAUCCAUUUCCAGAAGUAGCUGAGGCAGUUCAGAGUGAGUUGGAUGCUUACAGGGCUUCUGAAGAUGAAGUCAAGAAACUCAAAUCAGCUAUGGGGCUUGAAGGUGAAGAUGAGGAGGCAAUUAGCUUGCUUUCAGACACAACGGCUAAAUUAACUUCUGCAGUAAGCUCUCUUCCAGAAUUGCUUGAGAAGAAAAGACACAUUGACAUGCAUAUGAACAUUGCUACUGCUCUCCUUGAUCAUAUAAAGGCAAGGAAGUUGGAUGUAUACUUUGAACUUGAAGAGAAAUUGAUGAGUAAACAGACAUUAGAUAAAUCUUUGAUGGAUGUGAUCUCAGAUCCUGAUGCUGGCUUACCAGAAGAUAAGAUGAGACUCUUCAUCAUCUUCUACAUGUGCUCUCCAUCAGUACCAGAUUCUGAGGUUGAGCAGUACCGAACAGCAUUAGAAGCAGCUGGUUGUAACCUAGCUCCAUUAGAUUAUAUCAAGAGAUGGAAAGCUUUUAGCAAGAUGGCUGCACCACCUAGCCAGUAUGGAGGUGGAGGUACAAAGACAGUUGGAAUGUUUUCCAAACUCAUGAGCACAGGAUCUAACUUUGUCAUGGAAGGUGUCAAGAACUUUGUUGUCAAGAAACAUAACCUGCCCGUAACAAGAGUUGUGGAUUCCCUAAUGGAGCUGAAAUCAAACACAGAAACAGAUGACUACAGAUAUUUUGAUCCUAAGCUCCUUAGAAUGACUGACAGUUCUUCUUCUAUCCCUCGGACCAAGACACCAUACCAAGAAGCCAUUGUGUUUGUAGUCGGAGGAGGAAACUAUAUUGAAUACCAGAAUCUACUAGACUAUGUCAAGAGUAAAUCCAACACUGGUAGUGGAGGCAAGAAGAUAACGUAUGGCUGCAGUGAAGUGCUUAAUUCAGCGCAAUUUAUGAAACAGAUCACCCUUCUUGGGGAGGAGCAUUGAAAUAGAUGUCUGCCUUCAAAGCUUCACUAAUUCAGAUUAUUUAAUGAAGAUACUACAGACAUGGACAUAUUUAUCAAAACUUUGAUGCAUUCAUUCACAUAUUAGAUAACUUUACAAAGACAUAGCUCAGUGUCUUACUAAUUUUCAGCAUUAGAUAUGAUACAACUCGAUCACUUCUAGAUCCCAAUCAAAUGAUUGGUCAAACGCUGUUAUGUGUGAUUCACUUACUGAGAUAAACUUGGGGUUUAUUUGUCAGCAAUUCUGACACAAAACUAUCUUGAAAUGGAUUCAUUUUACAACAAAUAACAAGGAUCUAGGAGUUUCGUUGUAUAAUACAAAUGAUGCAUGUAUUCAUUCAUUCGUUCAUGACAGGAUCUAUCUGUUCCUGUUGAGGCUGUAUGCACCUAUUGUAUUAAGCCGUAUGAAGCCACUUACAUGUACUCUGGUUUAUAAUUUUAAUUUCUUUGAAUCCAGAUUAUGACUUUUAUGCUAGCCAACAAAGCUGAAGGUGCAAUUAUCAUACCGCCUUUUAUAGAAGUAAUGCUUUACAUCAAAUGAGUUAUGAUAUCUAUAAUGUAUUUAUAUUCUUGUAUUUUAAGAAAUCAACCACAUUUGUGUAUGUUUCUUUUUUUGUGUUGUUUAAUUUUUAAUGAUUGCUGAAAUCAUAGGUAUAGCUCAGUAUUUAUUAAUAUAGAAGUUUUCAUAUUCAUUUAUUGAUACUGGACAUUGUUGAACUGAAUCAAUCCAAUGUUCCUUAUAAAGAUUUAAAACAGAGCAGAUGGAAGAAAUCUUCACCAAAAUGAAUAAUUUAUGAAAUUAAGAUCCCCCUGAGUAUCUGUGGUUGUCACAUGUACAAAGCAAAAACAAUGCUAUUUUGACAUAAAAUGCAAUCAACGUUUUACAUA